AUGGAGCCCACCGUUUACGGAACAAGUUCAUUGGCUUCGGACGAGCAAUUGGCCAACCAGAUGGCCACGAGACGCAGCACUUCUGCCAAGUGGGUAGUCGUCGGACUGGCAGCGUGCGGUGUCUGCAGUACGUUGGCGUUCAUGGGAAGUGGUACCGGUUCACUUCCGUCCAAUGUCGCAGCUGCAGUGCUUCGCUCAACGAUUCAGAGCGCACCUCGUGGUGACGAGGGGGUCACAGCUUCUGAAGUGGGUACGGACGCUGUUGUGACGUGUUUCCAGAGUUCGUAUGUUGACAAUGUCACCCGUAUGAUGGAACCGAUCACGGGGCUCACGUGGACGCGCAGUGGGCAGAAGAGCGCAACGUCGUUCAUAUCAGUGGAUCUCGACGUCGAGUUCCAGGAGCUCAUGGGCUUUGGUGGAGCGUUUACUGAGGCAGCGGCGCUGCAGUUUGAGCAACUUCCGCUCGAGAAACAAGAAGAGAUCUUGACGCUGUACUUCGACCAGGAGAACGGCAGUGCGUACACGUUCGGCCGCGUUCCAAUGGGAUCGUGCGACUUUUCCGUCUCUUCGUACAACUUUGACGACGUGCUGAACGACGAGCAGCUGCUGCACUUUGACAUGAAUGUCACCCACGAUCAGCACGUGUUGAUUCCACUCAUCAAGCGCGCACUAGCACGACAGCCAGAUAUGAAGCUGUUUUUAGCGCCGUGGAGUCCUCCUGCCUGGAUGAAGCAGGGUGGUGACACGUACGUGCCCAGUAUGCUCGGGUCCAUGACCCCUGCAGGCUUGAAGGUCGACAUGCGCGCAGCUUGGGCAUUGUACUUUUCAAAGUUUAUCAGCGCGUACAAGGAGCAGGGAAUCCCCUUUUGGGGUCUCACGCCACAGAACGAGCCUGAGUUUGCAGCACCAUGGGAGGCUUGCAAGUAUAACGCAUCGUACCAAGCUGAUUUCAUUGGUGACUUCCUUGGCCCCGUAUUGAGCCGUGACCACCCGGAGAUUACUCUGAUGGUGUUUGACCACAACCGCGACACCAUUCAGCAUUGGGCCGAGACGAUCUAUAACCACCCCACCGCUUCAAAGUAUGUGGAGGGAAUAGCCUUCCAUUGGUACGACGUGGAGCGCUCCAUGGACGGAGUUGCUUACCACGAACACUUGAUUGACACGCACUUUGUCGACGAGAAUCGUUUCAUGUUGGCUACAGAGAGUUGCAACUGCCCUGGUGUUGCUCAUGGCGACGAAGCGUGGUUCCGUGCGCAGCGCUAUGGCCACGACAUCAUGAUGGACUUGAACAACCACGUCGCGGGUUGGGUGGACUGGAACUUGCUGCUCGACCAUACAGGUGGACCGAACCACCUGGGCAACAACUGCGACGCUCCCAUCAUCUUGACUAAAGAUGGUAAGGACUUCAUUAUCCAGCCCAUGUACUACUUCAUCCAGCACUUUUCCAAGUACAUUCCGGUUGGCUCUCGCCGCGUCAAGACCGACGUGGCAGUCCACUUUACGAAGCCCGGUGAUGCACAGCUCAUGUGGGCCUACCCAGCUGCACUUGCGGCGUGCGACGGCAGUUCGCGUCAAACGAUUCACAGGACUGACGAUGGCAAGAUGCAAGUGACUGGGUCCAACUUCUGUUUGGGAAUGGUCGAUGACGAGAAGCAAGGCAAAGAGAUCCGAAUGGUGGAUUGCCGGUACACGCAGCAAUCGUGGACGUUCGAAGAGGAAACGGGGCGCAUCCGUGUGGACGAUUUCUGCUUGUCUCUCAACCACAACUCUACCAUGAACGGUGGGCGGAUCACUGCAGGCCUUUGCAACGAUCAUGUGGACCCCCGCCAGCAAUGGUUUUUCAAUGACGAAGACGGUACCCUGCGCUCGUGGGCAUCAACGACCGACCAGUGCGUGACAGGAGGGUACUCGUUCGUGCAAGCCACUGCAUUUGUGACCCCUGAGGACCAGAAGGUGCUUGUCGUGAUCAAUGAAAACACAGAGUCGGCGGACUUUGCGAUUCAAGUUGGUGACAUGACGCUGGAGACAAGUAUCCCAAAGAGCGCUAUUCGCACCUACAUCUGGAUGUAA